ACAAUGUUCAUGUAACAUACUGUAGUUAAAUAUAUUCUUCAAAUCUAAAUUUAUUGCGUAAUUGUCUUAAAUGUAAGUGCAGCACAAUGCCUAAAUUCUACGAGGACAAAGAGGAGGAUGGCAGGGCCUGCUCGGGAAUCAGGGAGGACUUCAAGGCAUGUCUCUUUCAACAUGACUGUGUUGUAAAGGAGGGGAAGAUGCCCAGUCAGUGUCUGAAGGAGGGCCACUGUAAGACACUGCAGACCUCUUUCUUCGAGUGCAAGAGGUCCAUGUUAGAUAACCGGUCCAGAUUCAGGGGAAGGAAAGGCUACUGAUGGACCAAAGUUGAAAAUCUCUGCAAUACCCACAGCACUGAAAUUAUUAAUUGUGAAUAGUAGCAAAACUAACUUAAAAGGGGUCCAAAUGGGGGUUGUAUUUUAUUAUGCUGACUUCACUUGAGCACUUGAUUUGAAGUGGUUCUGUAGAGAAAAUAUAUGCUCUUCAAAUAGGUAUGUUGGACUUAUUACCUCCUGAAGUGAUGAGUGAGUCUGUGAAUAGGCCUCUACCACAAUUCAAA